UCUCUCUCCAAUACUCCAUCCAACAGAGCGGAUAGACUUGGAAAAGAGAAAGGAGUGAGUGAAGGGGACAGAUCGAACAACGUUAAAUUCAGAAGCGCUAGUAAUAUGAGCGCAUACUAGACAAUACGGAUGAGAUAAUACACUGCGGAGGUAAAGAUACGUAUAGUGAAUGAACUCAGCGAAAAAAAAUGAAUCUCAAAAGACGACUGUCGAGAAGUUUUAAGAAGUUUCUCUCAUGCGGCUUUGCGCUUCGAGCCUUUGCCAGCACUUUUGCUGUGGUUCUCCUGCCGUGGUGCGCAGCUUUUAAUCUGGACGUGAGCAACCCGGCUGUGUACUCUGGACCUAAAGGCAGUUACUUCGGCUAUUCCGUGGAGUUUUACUUAGCCAAUUUCUCAAGUGUCAGCAUUUUGGUUGGUGCUCCCAAAGCCAACACCAGCCAAUUAAGCAUCACAGAGGGCGGAUCUGUGUACUUCUGCCCCUGGAGUGGAAGUCAGUCACAGUGCACUGUCAUUGAAUUUGACACUGAAGGAGAUCGCAGUUACCAUGUCAAUGACACAGAUCUACAAGUGGAAUUUAAGUCCCAUCAAUGGUUUGGCGCCACAGUGAGAUCCCACGGAAGCACAAUACUGGCUUGUGCUCCUCGAUAUUACUGGAGAACAGAAGAAGACAUCCCCAAGUCUGAUGCAACAGGAACCUGCUUCCUCUCUGUAGAUAACUUCUCCAAAUUUGUGGAGUAUGCCCCAUGUCGUACAGAAAUACAUGGUCCUGCUGGCCAGGGCUAUUGUCAAGGGGGAUUCAGUGCUGACUUCACUAAGAGUGGGAAGGUGGUUCUUGGAGGUCCAGGCAGCUACUACUGGCAAGGUCAACUUAUUGCUGCCACAAAGGAGGAAAUCGUCAAGGCCUACUACCCUUCAUACUUCCUGUUGUCUGUUACGGGGCAAACUCAGACUCGACAGGCACAAGGGCACUAUGAUGAUAGCUACCUUGGCUACUCAGUUGCAGUGGGGGAAUUCAGUGGUGAUAUGGAAGAAGAUUUUGUGGCUGGUGUCCCAAAAGGAAUCAUGCUUUAUGGUUUAGUGUCUAUUUUGAAUGGAACUAACAUGAAGUCAGUGCUUAACAUCACAGGUGAACAGAUGGGCUCCUACUUUGGCUACACUGUGGCAGCCACUGACAUCAACAACGAUGGUCUGGAUGACCUUUUGGUGGGAGCCCCCAUGUUUAUGGUCCGUGGAUCUGAUGGGCGGCUGGAGGAGGUCGGCCGCGUCUACCUUUAUCUUCAACGACACCCCCUGGACUUUGAGCCUGUCUUCCCCCAUCUAACUGGGACACAGAUAUUUGGGAGAUUUGGAAGCUGCGUCGCCCCCCUGGGAGACCUCAACCAGGAUGGAUUCAAUGAUGUAGCUAUCAGCUCUCCUUUUGGGGGUGAGGAACAGCAAGGACUGGUCUUCAUCUAUAAUGGCUAUGCAGGAGGGGUCAAGGACAUGCCCUCCCAGGUCCUCGCUGGCCAAUGGGCCUCCAGCACCUUUCCUGCCAGCUUUGGCUAUGCCAUGCGUGGAAACAAGGACCUAGACAUGAACGGAUACCCAGAUCUCAUAGUAGGUGCAUUUGGAGUUGAUAAGGCAAUUCUUUACAGAGCACGACCUGUUGUCAACACCAGUGUCUCCCUUUUGGUGUUCCCCACCAUGAUCAACCCCGAAGAGAGGAGCUGUAUCAUCUUGCGCGGGAAUGAGACUGUCCUUGUGUCCUGUGUCAACCUCAGUUUCUGCCUCUCAGCCAAUGGGAAACACCUACCCGACGAUUUAGACUUUGUGGUGGAAAUCCAGCUGGACAGUGUGAAGCAGAGGCAGAAGGGGGCGGUGAGGAGGGCCCUCUUUGUUGACACGCGGCAGCCCAGCAUGCGGAAGAGGCUGCGGCUGGCCAAUGGGGCGCGCAUGUGCCACGAGACCAGGAUCUACCUACGGGAGGAAAAAGAAUUUCGGGACAAGCUGUCACCCAUCUAUGUCUCACUCAACUACAGCCUGGACCCCCAGGCCGCUGUGGAUUCCCAUGGCUUGAGGCCCAUCCUUAACUACCAGACCCCUGAUCUCAUCGAGCAGAAGGCUCAGAUCUUGCUGGACUGCGGAGAAGACAACAUCUGUGUUCCUGACCUGAAGCUGGCUGUAUACGGGGACAGGAAGGAGGUGUACUUGGGUGACGACAACUCGCUGACCUUGAUGUUCAACGCUAGAAAUGAGGGAGAGGGAGGGGCUUAUGAAGCAGAGCUCUACGUGGUGUUGCCUCCGGAGGCCGACUACAGUGGCAUCUCGCGGAACAACGAGAGCCUGUCCCAGUUGACAUGCAGCUACGAGACGGAGAAUCAGACCCGCUACCUCAUCUGCGACCUGGGAAACCCAAUGAAGUCCGGAACAAGCCUGUGGGCAGGCCUCCGCUUCACCGUGCCCCGCCUGAAAGACACGCACAGGACAGUGCAGUUUGAGUUUCAGAUACGCAGUAAAAAUGAGAAUAACUCGCGGAGCAACGUGGUUCCAUUCAGGCUGGAGGCCGCCGUGCUGGCUGAUGUCAUUCUGCAGGGGGUCUCCCGGCCGGACAAGGUCAUUUUCCCUCCGGCCAACUGGAGAGUCAACCAGAGGCUGCAGGACGAGCAGGAUGUUGGCCCCCCUGUGCAGCAUGUUUAUGAGCUCGUGAACAAUGGACCAAGUGCCAUCAGCAGUGCCUUGCUGGAGCUGCAGUGUCCCAUGGGAAGCCGUGAUCACAGGCUGAUGUAUCCCCUGGAGGUGACCAUGCAGGGACCACUGAACUGCACCACCCAAGGCGUCAUCAACCCCAUGCGGCUGAAGCUCCAGAAGGCUCCCGUGGAGCAGCAACCCCCAACGACAGCCACCCCGGAUCACCAUGUGAGAAGGAGGGAGGUCCACAGAGACCGGCUGUCUGAGAUGGGCAACCUGUCCUGCUUGAGCGUGGACUGCUGGACGCUGCGGUGUCACGUGGGCCUCCUCGAGAAGGGCACAUCCGCCAUCCUCAAAGUGCGCUCGCGAAUCUGGGCCGAGACCUUCAUAGAGAGGGCCUUCAAGCAGUAUGUGCUGGAGUGCUCUGCUCGCUACGUUGUUCACAAGAUGCCGUACGCCAUCCUGCCCAAAGAGCCUCCCCGAGGAGCCAGAGCGGUGGUUACCCCGGUGGUGUGGAGCAAACCGGACAGCCAGUACGCUGUACCACUGUGGAUCAUCAUACUGGCAAUACUGGCUGGUCUCUUGCUUCUGGCUCUGCUCAGCUAUGUCCUUUACAAACUGGGUUUCUUCAAGCGCUCGCUUCCCUACGGCACAGCGAUGGAGAAGGCACACCUUAAGCCGCAGGCUGCCUCCGAGGCCUGAGGCAGGAGGCUGCGGCAGACCGCAACUGAGCCGAGCCGAGGCAGCAGCAGAGGCAGCGACGUCAGCCAUCAGACACUCAAGACCAAUUUAGGUUCCGGAGGGGAAUCUGCCAGAUUAACUGUCAGAAGAAAAGGCUGCAGAUUUUUAGAGGGAGGGUUACUUAAACACCCCCUGCAGCAUCCUAAAAAAAAAAGAAAAGCAAAUUUGUUUUUCUGAGAUGGAAUAUGGAGGUUGAUUUUCACCCAGUUGAUUGAACAAAACAAUGUCAACGUGAUGGCAUUUAUACCCUAAAGCUCAUCAAACGGCGUCCGCUACGACGUGCACUUCUCUUGUUCGUUCUUAUCUUAAGCGUGCUCAGUAUUGAUGUGAGGGAUUAUUUGAUACUUUGGCAGGGAUCGAUGUACAUUUUUCGAUGUGUGCUUCACCACCUGCACAAAAGCGACGUCCUUGAGGAAUCGAUGCUUCGGAAAGGUCACGGCGAGGUCACAGCUGAGCCUGCGUGACACGCGGCAGUGGAGAGACGUUCGAUACCAAAGAGACGUCCCUGUGUGGGAAGUCGUGCAUAAGCCACCUUGAAGCUCCCGAAGUGCCUUUUUACUUUCGGUUUUCUUUCGGCCAGUAGCUGUUCUGGAUCAUCUCCAAAACGUGAACGUCUGAUACGGCUUAAACAUGCAGGGCUGGAAAUGAAGAGGACAGUAAACACAGGGGAGAUUUUAUCAUUUCCAUGUCGUCUUUGGAAGGGGCAUAUAAAGUAUGAGUCUGAGCUGUACACAGGCUGCCCCCAGAACCGUAUGUUUUUGCCUUUUCAGCCUCCCGUUGGCAUGGAGGGCACUUGGCAGGGAGAAUCUGAUGUUCUGAUGAACAAAGAGAAGCAGAGCGGAAAGUUGGACUGGCUGUCCUUCAGAGGGUUUGUUUCUGCUCAUCCCAUCCAGGAUCCCUCCGUGUUUCUCACACAAAGAACACAGAAAAAUGCAAGACCAGCAGAACGAAAAGGCAGCGCGAUGAACAUCACGCCACCUGGGAUAUGACUGGAGACGUAGCGGACACAUGAAAUGUACUGCAGCCUUAAAGUGUUCCAGAGCUCUGUCUUUCAUACAGAUGAUAAAGUAUCUCAGUCUCAAAGUCAUAUGAUGAGAAAAAAGAUCAGGAUUUGUACCGACUGUAUGUAAAUUGUAUGCAUUGUUACAAGUUUUGCUUUAAUGUUUUGAUAGAAUUAUCAGAUAUAAUGAGAGAAAGAACUCCUGCAUGUGCGUUGGCUGUUUGUGUCCCCAGACACUUGAAAUUCAGUUAAUACUGUACCCUGUUAGGUUUCAUAACAGUUAGCAAGUUGGGUGGGGGGGUGAUUUAACCUGACACUGGUUUGAUUUGAAUUUCUAUGCAUUUAAUUGGUCUAGAAGCCAUUGAAGAGGCUUCAGAUUGUAAUUCUCUACAGUACAAAGGAAAAGUCUGGCUCUGAAGGCUCGAGGUAUGAAUAUUUAUAGGCAGAGGUAAAUGUGGGACUCUUUGCUGUAGGAAUCCUUUGAAAAGUUACUUUUAAGUGCAAUAUUAUUUCUGUGUAUUUUUACUUUUUGCUUUGGUCGGUGCGCUGACACACAAGCGGCAGUUUUGAUUUAAUCCACACAUUUUUUGCUGAAGACACAAGAAGGUCGUCUGGGGUCCUCACCCUUUGGCUGUGGUUGAUAUCUGUAUAACUUUCCAUCGGUGAGUCUUUCAAGGAAUUCACAGAAAGUCUGUGACUUUUUUUUUUUCAGUUAGCUUUACAGGAACAGCAAGGAUACUUAUAAGAAAAUGUUCAGUCCACAAGUUUCAUAAGCUGAUGGAAAAGCAGGACAAUUGAUUUUUAAAUGCAACAUUCCUCCAUGCAAAAUUGCAUUUGACUAUGUUUGUAUUCUGCAUUAUUUCAGAAACCACAGUUUGUUACAUGCGGUAGCACAAGAAAUUGUUGAAGUGUCAUAAUAUUUUAGAAUGGGAAUAAGCACUGGGUUAUUCCUUCUGAAGUCUCUACUUCAAGCUAGUAAUCAUAUUAAGUUGUAAAUAUGUAUGUGCUAACUAGAAUAUUUGAAAAUUCUGUGGGAAAACAUUUUGUUGUUAAAUUUUCUCUCCCCAUAUUGGGGGAAACAUAUUUUAAAUAAUUGUUUUAUUGUUGUAUGUUACUGUUUACAACUCUAAUAAAUCUUUGAAUUUGUAUAA